CCCCGGAGUGAAAAGGCAACAAAAAUAAGAAACCAGAGCAGUCAUAUAGGCGCGCACGACGCCGGCAAAUAACCCCUGUAUCCUCGACGACGGCGUCUCCGAAGUGCGGAUCUAGGAGGGAGCCGCAGCGGCGCUGGCAGAGGUCGAUUGCUUUGGCCACGGACCGGCUGAGGCUCAGCGUUGAUUGCGACUGGGGAUUUCGCGGCGGCGGAGACCCGCCGGCGUGCGCUGCACUCUGAGAGGACCAUCCAAUCCGUGGCGUUCGGCGCGGCGGCGGUUGGGGUCUACGCCCGCACGCUGGGUCAGGUCGGAGGCCACUUCGCGCAGCUCGCCUAGGAAAGCUACCUCAGACUGCAUAUGCUGUUAACCAAUACCAACUUGGCUGGAUGCCUCAUGCCUGGAUCCUCCAAAUUCACCUCACACGCCUCGAGUAUAAACAAUUAAUUUUGGCUUCUUCACUCACUUCACCACUCUGAUUAUCACUAUGCCUGCACUAUACUUGCUCUGGUAUCUUGGUAAUUGGUAUUAAACUAUUAAUAGUGGCAAAAGAAAACUUUUUUGCUCUUAACAGCAUAGCCAUCGAUCCAUUUUGAACACAUGUAAGUUCUUAAAAAAUAUAUACUAAAAAUUCAUGGGUGUAAUGUAUGUUAAUAUUUAUGACAGUUCCCAGAAAAAAAUAUUGUUAUACAUGCCAAUGUGCAACUUUUAUUAAAAAGUGUGAUGAUUUGUGUCACCCACAUUUUUUUUGCAGUCAUAUUGCAUGUUUCCUUUUUUGUUUAUGCAUAACAUAAAGGAUUUUAUUUUGUAUAAAAGUUUUUGGGAUUACAUUUUUUUUUCGAUAAAGGAUGCUUUAUUACUUUUUGAGAAGCAAUUACAUCCAGCCUCUGCAUAACCAGGAUGCACACAGCCGUUUAUGAGUCUUAAGUCCAAAAGAUAUCAAACGAAAAUGCUAGGCGGAAUACAUGUCGCAACGAUGAAUCAUAUAACGCCUAAGGUGUGGGUGGAGCUUCAAUCCGUAGACUAUGCUGCCACCCAUGUAGGAAAAAAGUAUCCCUCGCCGUAGCCUCCAACCGUGUACAGGCCUUCAUAAAUAGGUCUCGGUUCUCCAUGCGCUGAAGAGGUAACCACAAACAGAGAAUACCUGUACAUCUGUAGAUGACCUGCAACAAAGAGCAAUUUUUAUCGUUAAAAAUCUUGUCAUUUCUACUCAGCCAAAGCGCCCAGAUAACUGCUAGCGCCCCCACCCUAAGAAGCAACUUGAACCUUGAAUCUAUACCAUGAAGCCAAUUGCCAAAGACAUUGGCCACACUAGUCGGAGGAUACAGGGUAGAUGCUACUUGGAUGACAUACCAAAUAGAUCUCGCAAAUUGGCACUGGAAGAAAAGGUGUUUUAUGGUUUCAUCCUGAUGACCAAAAACACAUCGAGUACUUCCGUGCCAAUUCCGCUUAACAAGAUUGUCUUUGGUGAGAAUAACUCCUCGACGAAGAUACCAUCCAAAAAUUUUAAUUUUUAAUGGUAUCUUCAUCUUCCAAAUUUUCUUAUUAUUAUCAACUGGUAAAUCAGAAUGAAGAAUGGCGCUGUAUAAAUAUUUGACUGAGAAAGAGCCAUCUGCAUGUAAAUUCCACCUAAAUUCAUCCGGCUCAGGUGAUAAGUUAAUAUCCCCCAGCCUUUGAAUUAGUGCAUUCCAUGCCAAUAGCCUUUGUCCUAGCAAAACUCGUCUGAACGUCACAUUCGGUGGCGAGGUAGCCAUUACUGUGGCAAUGGUAUCACCUUGGCGACGAACAAUACUAUACAACGCAGGAUACUGUUCACAUAGGGGGCAUUGUCUAACCAAACAUCUUCCCAGAACCGUAUCUGUGCUCCAUUCUUUAUCGAGAAAGUACCAUGACAAAAAAAGAUAUUUUUUGUCGCCAUGAGACCAGCCCAGAAGUGUGAAUCCCCAGGUUUCCAAACCACUUGGGAUAACGUCUUCGAACCGAUAUAUUUUCUCCUAAGAAUAGUUUGCCAAAUCCCAUCCUCUGUAAGAAGCUUAAAAAGCCAUUUACCUAGCAGAGCUGAAUUCUUGACCUCCAGGUCAUGAACUCCAAGCCCGCCUUGAUCUUUGGGACUACAAACUAUACUCCAUUUAACCAGUCGAUAUUUCUUUUUCUCGCUGUCCCCUUGCCAAAAGAAUCUGGAUCGAUAAUAAUCGAGUUUGUGCAGAAUUCCUUUCGGCAAUAGGAAGAAAGAUAACAUAUACAGUACCAUAUUUGUCAGUACCGAAUUAAUGAGUAUCAAUCUUCCCCUAGGCACAACAAUUUACCUUUCCAACUACUAAGGCGCUUUUGUAUUCUUUCUUCCACUAUUUUCCAUUCAGCAAUAGUAAGUCUCCGAUAAUGAAUCGGAAUAUCCAGAUAGCGAAUAGGAAAUUGGCCUUGCCCACAACCAAACAACUCAGCAUACAGAGCUGUAUCAUUUUGGGCUUCACCGAAACAGAACAAUUCACUUUUAUGGAAGUUGAUUUUUAAUCCCGACAACUGCUCGAAAGCCGCCAAAAUUAAUUUUAGGUUGCGAGCUUUUUCGAGAUCGUGAUCCAUAAACAGAAUUGUAUCGUCGGCAUAUUGAAGGAUAGAUAAAUCACCAUCAACCAGAUGUGGAAUCACACCCUCAAUCUGACCAUCAGACUUGGCCCGCUCUAUAAGUAUAGCCAGCAUAUCCGCUACAAUGUUGAACAACAUUGGUGAUAACUGAUCCCCUUGGCGUAACCCUUUUCGAGUUUGCAAAUAGUGGCCAGUGUCAUCAUUAACCCUGAUCGCCACACUACCUCCAUACACGAAAUCAUUUAUUAGAGCGCGCCAUUCAGGAGAAAAACCUUUCAUCAUGAGCGUCUGCUGUAAGAAAGACCACUUGACCUUGUCAUAAGCCUUUUCAAAGUUUAAUUUCAGAAUAACCCCAUUUAAUUUCUUAGUAUGCAUCUCAUGUACCGUCUCAUGUAAAACCGCCACUCCAUCAAGGAUAUUUCUUCCUUGCAUGAAAGCGGUCUGCUGAACGACAUGAUCCGCAACCGUAUUAAGUCUAAUGGUGGCCACUUUCGUGAAAAUAUUGAAACUUACAUUUAAGAGUCAAAUAGGUCUAUAUUGUUGAAUCCUUUCUGCCUCAUUAACUUUCGGUAACAAAAUUACUUCACCAAAAUUUAGACGAAAUAAUUCUAGUUGUCCAAUGUGCAGAGCACUGAACAAAUCUAGAAGAUCCGAUUUAAUAGUAUCCCAGAAAGUUUGAUAGAACUUUGCUGGAAAACCAUCCGGACCCGGAGCUUUGUUGCAUUCCAUUUGAAAAAUUGGCUUUUGAACCUCUUCCUCAGAAUAAGGUGCGGUCAAUAAGGCAUUUUCUUCCAUAGAAACUUGUGGUAUAUCAUCUGUUAAGUCCUCAUUUAGAGAAAAGGAACUUUCAUCCGGAGGACCAAACAGACCUUUAUAAUAAUUAGUAAUGUAUGAUUUGAGUUGCUCAUGGCCUUCAAUCAACCCUUCAUCUUGAUUAAGAGAGUGAAUACGUUUUUUCCGAUGUCUCCCAAUGGCUAUGCCAUGGAAAUAUCGCGUAUUUGAGUCUCCUUCCAAGAUGAAUUGGGUUUUGGAACGUUGAUACCAUUUGAGUUCCUCCUCACGAAGGAGACUCGCCAUCUGCGCAUUGGAUUGGAUUGAUUCUUAAGUUCAAUCUCAUGUGAAGUCAGUGGUCUCACACCUCAGCAAAAGCCUCUAGCUCAUCAAUCACAUUUGAUAAGCGAGUCUUCUCUUUUCUAAGGAUACCAGCCAUAUGAGCAUAUAUUUUUGGGAUUACAUUUUUCACCAUAAGAGCAUAUAUUUUCGUUCUGAUUUGAACACCUGUAUUUUGUAGUAUGAAAGUUCUCAGGAUUACAUGUUGGAUCAUACACUACAUCCAUGAUUUUGUUUCUAUAAUUUGUGAGUAAUUCGAGGUACCUCCAAAUAAGAUAAGAGCGAGAUAACAGUGAACGGAGAUAAUAGAAGGUACUGUAUGUUGUAGGCUCACCCGGCAUGUAAAUGUAAAGCAAAAGGCGCCUCUAGACACUUAAUAAACAACUUGAUGCCGCCGACAAAUCAGAGACCUAAACCGGCGCCCAGAACAGAUUAAUUCUCUUCUUAUGCAGGUUUGGGAGGACAAGACUUUGGUGCCUAGUAUUCGAACAUUCGCAUGAAGACUGCUGCAUAGGGUGCUUCCGACAUGCAAAAGAGCUGGAAGAUUCUCGGUUCACUUCGAAGAUGAAUGCUCCAGGCCUGUCGAUCAGUUGAAUACGAUGUGCAUUUGUUGUGUCUAUGCCCUUUCUCAAAAGCGGCAUGGUUUUGCCAUCCAUGGCACAGCAGAGAAGUUGCAACCUACAAAGAGCAAGGGCCGUUGAGUUUGUGCCUCCGCCAUGUCUAGACACCAAGGUUGGGCGGACCUGCCAGAUGCCCUGCUUCAUUCCAUUAUCCCACUGUCAGGUUCCUUCUCAGACCUUCUUUCCUUCGCUGCAACCUGCCGGUCUUGGCGUGCUUCCAUCUCCUCGUAUCCAUUGAAAUCUACCCUAUCAGCGCUCUUCCCUCCUAUCCUCCUCCAACCAGAUAUCCCUGUGCGUUCUCCUCAUCAUCGCCCCUUUGGCUAUAAACUUCCAUGUCAUGUCAUUGAUCUGGCCAGCCAACACUCACACCUUCGCUGCCAGAUCCCCCUAGUUAACCUUUCUAGUGCAAAUAAUGAUCCCCAGAGUCCUCUGGGUAGUUUUUGUUUCGUCGGUGCUUCUUGCGGUCAUCUCAUCUUCUCCAGAAACAGAUCAUGCCUUAUUGUUGAUGCUUUUACAGGUGUUAGUGUUUCACCUCCACAGAUACCAGGCGAUGAAUACACCAAGGUCUACUACGGUGCCCUCACAGCUCCUCUAGCGUCACCCAACUCACAUCUACUUGUCAGCAACGAAUCACACACUUUCGUUUGGCGUGUUGGUAGUCACUCUUGGUUGAGACCUUCUCCUUGCGAUGGAACGGUCAAGCAGAUCGUGAACUUCAAAGGCCAGGUUGUUGGCAUGAACUCUAGUCAUGCGCUCUUUGUUGCGCACUUGGGACCUAAGAUUUGCGUACAGGAAGUGUUAGUAAGUUGUGCAGAAAUGCCCACCAUACGGAAUCUUAGCAACCUAUGUCUGGUGGCUUGUGGCGAUAAGCUUCUCUUGGUCGGGUGUCAGGGAUCAUUUCCGGCAAGAGGGGAUACCUUUGAAGUUUUCCGCCACGACCAGUCGACUGAUAGUCCAAAGUGGGUGAAGGUAGAGGAGUUGGGGAAUUGGGCGAUCUUCAUCAGCACAGACAAGCGAAGCCAGCUGUUAUCUUGCAUGAACCCAGAGAGGUGGGGCGGGAGGAGCAACUGUGUCUACUGUUAUUCUCAUGAUUCUGAACACUGGAUUGCAUUUGAGCUGGGCAGGCCUGCCUCCAAUCCAAGCAACUUUGUUUUUAUAAGCUGUGGCAGUAUAGUGCAACCUAUGUGGGUUGUCCCCAGCAUGUUCUCUGUGUGUCUAGACGGUUGAUGAUGUAUGUGCACAGUGCACUCCUACUUUAUGCAUUGGCUGUUAUGUGCUUGCUGGAGCAAGUGAGCAAUUUCUGUUGUAAAAGUGUCUAAGGAUACUCUGAAAUAUCGUUAGGAAAAAUUAAGUAUUUAUGUUGGCGUGACUCUGGUGUUGUAAUUUGAGUAUGGCAUUUUGCACUCAAUUUCUUGCCUGUUGGUUCACAAUUCAUUGGCAAUGUUGUUUA